AUGAAACGUGAAAUACGACAAGCAUUCAGUGCAGUACUUGAUAAGAACCUCUUGCCGCAAAUGUCUUCUUUCAAUUCUGCUUCGUUAAAUAUCCCAAAAUCUGAUAAACCCACAAAUCUUGAACAAACCUUACCGUAUCGGAGCAAACAAUUCGAUGAAUCUUUACCAUUACUUCAGCAAACUUCCCCAAGAGUUGGAGGAUCAGUGAUGGUUUACCAAAUUCGGUUCAGGCCACCUUUUACUUGGACUUAUAACUGUUUUUGUGAUUGCGAAGAAAACACAUUAUACGUACCGCGUGUUCCCGGGCAGCAAGUCAAUUUCACACAAGCCAAUAAAUACGUCAGAAAUCAAUUACGUGAAGCGGUCAGCGAAGCAUUCGAUUUAUUGCAAGUACGUCCUCAAGGGCUUAUUGUUACGACAAGUUUUUGGUCAUAUCCAGCAUUUAUUAUCAAUGAUAUCAAUAUUGUGAAAGCAAACUAUAUCAAAGGAAAAUACUUUUAUACGUUAGCAAAUAAUGCACUAUAUUUACGCUGCCGUGCGACAGAUUCCUCAACGUGCAUUAAUAAGGCAAACUAUAAACCAUUUAAUGAGAGAGCAACACUUACAGUGGACGUGCUAAACUCGCUUUCAGAGGAUCAAAAGAAGCUUCUUGGCGAGAUGAUACAGCAAGCCUUAGAGCAUCAGCAUGUUGCUUUCAUCUCACCUAUUCAGCUACUCUAA